AUGCGAUUGGUACUGCUGUUUGCCCUAUGGGGGGUCGCGGUUGCCCGGGAGGACGACUGGAAACCUAUAGUACCGGAGCCAUCGCUUUUUUAUAACAACUAUGCGCAGUCGGCUGAAAGAUCUAUCGAAGCUGGACCUCAACUCAAAAUAUUAAAUAGAAGACCGGUACAGCCAUCCUACACAACAAAUAAACUGACAAGUUUCUACAAUGCUGCGUCGACGCCAAUGUCCGACACCUGUAGCGUCUACAAGGUGUCUAUGAACCAGGAGCUGUUCUACCAGUACAUGGAAUAUGAUAUGGAUCUGCCCGACUUGAAGGAGUUCACACUAUGCAUGUGGACAAAGUUUCAUAAUCAUUCCGAAGAUCACCCCUUGUUUUCUUAUGCAGUUGGCGACAGCCCGAAAGAGAUCUCAUCCUGGAUUUCUAACACGCAGGAAGCAAGCUACUUCAGCAUGGCAGUCCAUGGUCAAACGUUCUUCAGGCUGAACUAUCCGUUGAAACUGAACACAUGGUAUCAUUCGUGCCAGUCAUGGAACGGGAAGACCGGUGAAUGGCAAGUGUGGGUCAACGCAGAGAGAGUUGGAAGAGGUUUUCACAACCGCCUUGUGGGACAUGUCAUUAAAGGAGGUGGCGUAGCUAUAUCUGGUCAGGAGCAAUCCAUGUUAUACAACAAAGACAGCCUAGAUCCAGUUACAAAGCAAUCUGGUUUAAUGGGCGAGAUCACAAUGCUACAAUUAUACCACGUAGCGUUAACGGCUGGAAAAGCACAUAGAGACCACAAACACCAUCAUGUUCAUCACUUUAAACACGAUGGUACUCCUCUCGAACCAUCAACGGAAGCUGUUACUGAACCUCCACCGCCUCAAGCGACUCCUCUUGGUAAUGGAAACUACUUGAUUGGUGGUCAACUGCAAAGAGCACCAAAUCUAAAUCUAGCCGGAGCUCAGCAACAAAUGAUAUCUGCCCAACUUCCGAAUGGAGUUAAAAUUCCCCAGCAAUAUGUUAAUGGACAACUUGGUAAUCGAAUUAUUUCCGAACAGCUUAUGAAUGGCAUACAGUCAGUUUCAAAUAUGGCAAGUUCGUCCUCUCAUAUACCAUUAGUUGGUCUUUCCAUAACACCAACUUCUCAGGACCAAAAUAAUUCACCACGACAAUCUAUCGGACCUUCAAAGGGCUCUUCUGUACUUUUGUCUGGAUCUUUGCUAAACCCAGCCAAUGUGCAAUAUAUAGAUGAAACAUCUGGACAUAGACUUUACAAGAGAGAAUCAGUUAAACGUGACAAAAGAGAUAAUCCUGAAAAAGAACUAAUUGAAGAAAAGAGUUCGGGUAAAAAAGAUAAACGUGGUCUUGUAGCUUUAUCAGAUGGCUCAAUAGUAGAUGAAGCUCUGCUUAGUCCAAGCAUAGCAGAUGACAACGAAGAUAUCAUGUUCGAGCGUUCACUGUUACAGGGACUUGCUGGAGUUGUUGGAAAUAUACCCGUCCAGAAUUUACAGAAGCAAAAUAGUGAUGAGCGAGAACCAGCUGAAGCUGAAGUAAAGGCAGUAAUGCAAGUCUGCAGCGGUUGUGCGCAGGAACCCUUCAAGAAAGCCCUGGUACUCUCAUGGAGAUCUACGCCAAAGAAACUGUACAGCGGUGCACACUAUUACAAGGGCUUACCAAUUUGUCGCGCUUUCUAA